UGAGGUACCACAAGCACGAGCAGAAUUUCCGGAGACGCACAGUUUCCAACCAUAGACGGAUUGCUAAAAACAAAACCUAGUUAAUUGGAAUUCACAUAGGUCAGUAAACGAAGGCACGGGGACAUUUCUUCAGCUGGGGUGGAAGAGCGACGGCUGAAGACGGCUGUCUAGAAGGAACCACAGAGGAAAAACAACCAUGACGGAAUACUACCAGAUUUUAGGGGUCCAGAGAAACGCUUCGGCGGAGGACAUUAAAAAAGCGUACAGAAAGCUAGCACUAAAGUGGCAUCCAGACAAGAACCCAGACAACAAGGAAGACGCAGAGAGGAAGUUCAAAGAGCUUUCAGAAGCCUAUGAGGUCCUGUCAGACGCAAACAAGAAGAACCAGUAUGACCGAUAUGGUAAAGAAGGCCUGGCUGGAAACGGAGGCAGAGGAGGGCAUUAUCACAAUGGUGAUCACUUCAGUGGCGGGUUCACAUUCCGUAAUCCCGAGGAUGUCUUCAGGGAAUUCUUCGGAGGUCGAGAUCCAUUUGCCGAUUUCUUCGCAGACGACGACUUCUUCGGUGGGGGACACAGGCAGCGGGUGGUGAACCAAAGCAGGACCGGAGGAUCCUUCUUCCACGGGUUUGGUGGCUUCCCCCCCUUCGGGGCGGGCUUCACAGGGUUUGGUUCAGGUGCGCUUCCCCUGCAGCACGGUUUCACCUCCCUGGGACAUAUGGGUGGAGGAGGCUUCGCCUCGUUUUCCUCUUCUUCUUUCGGGGGUGGAGGUGGAGGAGGAAUGUGCUCCCGCUCGGUGUCUACCUCCACCAAGUUCAUUAACGGCAGACAAAUCACCACAAAACGGAUUGUGGAGAACGGCCAGGAGAGGGUGGAGGUGGAGGAAGACGGUCAGUUAAAGUCUCUAACCGUCAACGGUAAGGAGCAGCUCCUAAGACUGGAUAACAAGUGAUGACCUCUGCACAACGUUUGAAAUACUCACACCUGACCUGGAAACAAACUAAACUAACUCAGCGUGACGAUGCUGCUCAGGGUCGCGACCUUAUGGCGGUUGGUUUCUCUCCUCUCUCUCCCCUGUUGACAUUCGUAGUUAACAUUCCUCAUGGCGAGGAAAUGUGUUCUCAACUGAGUUUAGCCGCAGGAGUGAGGGACGUUCAAAUACGGUUGUAUUUAUUCCCGUUUCACCUUUUUUUGUUUUGGGACCAUUCUCUUACUAGGACCGCUGUUUAUUACUGAUUUGUACUAUUCAUUUAUUUUUCUGUAUUGCAGUUUUUCCAUGUGUGGACUUCUUGGCCUUUUAGUUCUAGAAGCCAAGGGCACAAGCUGUACAUUUCAUCAAAGCAUGGGACUGCUUUGAACUAUCUCAGCUUUAACUGUUUGUUUUUCCCCAACUCAAACCACACCUCUCUAACCUUUUUUAAACCAUUUUCGUGCCCCUACGUUUCAGAUGAACACUUUUAAAGGAUUAAUGCAUUGAUAUAGUGUUCAUGUGCACUUUGUUUUUGCUUUCUGUUUGUUUGCUUGUUUUGCAAUAGGAGUGUUUCUUUCAUCUCUGCAUGAUUGCCAAUGACAAGGCUGUUCAUGUUCCUGACUGUAACUGUUUCAUCAACUCAUCCUAAACCAUAAACAGAGACUAUAUAGUGUACCGGUCAAAAGUUUGGAGACCUACUCAUUCAAGGGUUUUUCG